AUGCUACUUCUGAAACUGGGAUUACAUGGGCCUUCUAAGAAUCUUAUUAGCGGCAGAAGGGCUUUACUCCCAUAUUCGAUGAUGACGAAGGGUGCCCUUCUCCUAGAAAGCUCACCAUUAAAGAGAAUUCGCUACUAUCAUUCCAAUAGAAGUAUAUCUAAUCUGAGAAACGAAUCACCGUUACAUAACAGUCUCAGAUCUGCUGGUACUCCUAGAGCUAGGUAUGGUUGUAAUAAAUUAUCAUUUUUACGAUUUAAACGAAAUUAUAAUGGCUCACCUUUUGAAGACAAGGAACCAAGGGUUAGAAUUUAUAGAAUAACAACACUAAAUUUGUUGUUAGGGUCAGCAGUAGUUUUGCUUCUGAGUACGAUGAUACUUCCGAUACUAUUGAAACUUAUCUUCCCGAUGAUUAUUCUGGGUAUUUUUAUCUACCAGUACAGGAUUUGGAAAAGAACCAAACUGUUUGACCAGAUUUUUAGGGGUUUGGGUAGGACUAAUCUUUCUAUCAAAUAUAAGACUCUAAAUUCCUUACAAUAUAACUAUGUUCCAAAGAUACUGAAAAAGUCAGUUCCAAAAUCAUGGUAUACAAAUGAAGACAUAAGUGAUGCGGAAAUUUUGUUAAGUUUUAUCAAAUUGAGAGUAAUUGAGGCCUUCAAAAAAAAUGAAAUGGGUAUUUCUGAUUAUUUCUUGAGACGUGGUCAAAAUUUUGAUGAUUUAAGUUUAUUAAUUGAUAAAGAAAACUCACAAUUUCUUAUACGACGACUUGCUGGUAAUUUUAUUGUCACUAUGAGGCAUCAGCUGUUACUGAAAAAUGAGAAUGUAGACAUUUAUUUGGCAGACGUUAUGAUAAGUGUAUUAGAUGAUUCAUCACAAACAGGAAUUUUCAUGCCAUUGAAGGAAUUAGCCAAGUCAAAUAAAAGUUGUAAAAUGGUCAUUUCUGUUGUUUCGAAUAGUGACAUUUUACCAAGACAGUUUGUUAUUACAGAUGAAGGUGAAACGGGGAAGUUUUACGGGAAAUUUACGGUGUCUCACGGGAAAGAUGGUCACAGAGAAUUUAGAAUCGAUGAUUUGUAG